ACCAUCGAUACUUAUUAUUAUACGAUCUCCAAGAAAUUGAGAAGAAAAGGCAUUAUGGGUUUAAAUCUAUCGUUUUUCUUUCUUGUUUUCUUUUUCCUUCCAUCUGGGUUCGUCUCUUCCACCCACAUUUCAAAAGCAGCCUUGGAAGGUCAUGAAACUAUUGGGCGUAUCCUCCUCCAGGCUAAGAAGGAAUGCGACGAAGACUUUCAACACAAGAAUUACACGAUCCUAACAACGAUGUGCAAAGGACCCCAGUAUCCACGCGAAGGCUGUUGCAAUGCACUCAGUGAGUUCGCCUGCCCUUUUGUGGACAAAGUGAACGACCAAGGCAACAACUGUGCUUCCACCAUGUUCAGUUACAUAAACCUGUACGGGAAAUACCCGCCGGGGCUGUUCGCCAACUUGUGCACCAAAGACAAAGAAGGUCUCUUAUGCCCUGAAGCACCCAAAUCCAGUGCUCCGCCCUUUACUCAUCCCGCACUGCUCAUCCUCGCCUCUGCUUUUCUUCUCACCUUGUCUCACUUGCUUUGA